CCCGGCCGCUCCCGCCCUGCCUCGCGCCGCCACCACCGCCACUGCUGCCGGCGCCGCUCCUCCUCCGUGUCAGUUGUUGGGCUGUAAUGGCGACUGGGCCGCCGCUGCCGAAGUGACUCCCGGGCGGGGGCGCGGGGCCGGUCCUGCGCCAGAGAGCACUGCAGAGAACCGCAGCCCAGUGGGUGACUUGCUGCGGGGGGGAGGGGAGGCAGCCUUUCCGCCUCUCCUUCCUUGGCUGCUGACCGGCGGAUCCUGGGAGCCGGUGCGAGGCGGGCACCCGGUGCGUCCCCUGAGCGGGGAGGCCAGGCCGGGCAGCCCUGGGGCAGGUCGGGGCGGCGUCCCUGCACCCUCCCCCAGGCCCUGCGGGAUGCACCGUGGGGGCCCAGGGCGGAGGCGACACUCUCAGGUAAAUUGGCAGGAUGAGGAGCAGCAAAUCAAAAGAGGUGCCUUUACUAAAUCCAAGGAACUCUCAAAGCAAGGAUACUGUUCAAGAUAUGACUGCAACGUGGGAUGCACUUUCUCAGACCAAGGCUGCUCUGAGACACAUUGAAAACAAAUUAGAAGUAACUCCUACAAGUACAGCUGUGUUUGAUUCUGUCAUGGAUGUCAAGAAAUCUUCUGCAAGUGCUACCCGUAAAAUAAGUAGAAAAGAUGGUAGGUAUCUGGAUGAUUCUUGGGUUAAUGCUCCAACCUCCAAAUCUUCUAAAUCGCGAAAAGAGAAAUCUCGCAGUCCUCUUAGAGCUACCACCCUGGAGAGUAAUGUGAAGAAAAACAAUCACGUGGAAUUUCGUGACCCUUUGGUUUCUUACAGGGAAAUCCAUGGUACACCUUCCAACUUAAGUCCCAGCCAUUUAGAGUCAAAGCAUGUAUAUUGUAUAGAUGUUAAUGAAGAAAAGGUGGAGAGUGGGAACCGAAUGAUACACAAUCGAGAAGAACGGAAUUUACAUUGUUGUGAUUUUGAAAGCUCUCAAUCAUCUGUCAUCAACGAUACAGUUGUUAGGUUUUUAAAUGAUCGACCAGCAAUUGAUUCAUUGCAUAGUUCUGAAUGUUUAAUUAAAAUGGGAGCUCCUGUGAGAACUGAGGAAGAAAUGCCUAAUAGAGCAAAAGGAAAUGAGAACAAUUCAAAGCCUUCUGUGAAUAACAUGGGCCAUGAUGUUGAUCCAAAAGUGUUACGGCUAACUGACUCUUCUCCAUCCUCUACUAGUACUUGUAAUUCCCAAAGAUUAGAUAUUUUAAAGCGACGACAACAUGAUGUCAAACUGGAAAAACUUAAGGAACGGAUUAGGAAACAGUGGGAACACUCAGAAGAAAUAAAUGGCCGGGGCCAGAAUCUGGGUCAUAUUGACCAUCCAGUAAUGGUUUUUAAUGCUGAUAGCUCAGUGACAGCAAAAGUCAGGAAAGUGGCAACAGCACCACCUGCUCCAACAUAUAAAGGUUUGUAAUCAGUCUUUGUAUCUUUUUUGCCUGCCUCUCUUCUCAUUCCCUUUUUUUCCUAGGAUGUAUUAUAGUAGAUUCAUCUUUCAAACAGGGUGUGAUUCUCAGUUAGCUACAUAAGAAAGCAUUUCAAGAUGCUAAAAACAUGCAGAUUCCAGAUACUUCACUGAAACUAUGUCAGAAUUACUGGCGAUGGGGUCCAGAAUUAGAAUUUUUAACAAGUCCCUUAAGAGACUUACAAGUUGAGAUUCAUUAUACGGACAUUGUUUGAAAUAGGAAAUAAGGAUUAGUACCUAU